AUGUCGCUGGACGACAUCCUGCGACAGAUGAACGACGACGAAUCUCAGGGAGUUUCCGUGCCUGCUGCUGGGUCACUACUCCCCAGUACAGGCGGUGCCGGUCCUGCUAUUAAUGACGGUGAGGAUGGUGAAGAGAGAGAGACUGAGGUGCCACUAAAAGAAGAGGAGCGAUCAGAGAGAGGAGCGAGUCGAAUCCUGGUCAAGCCGGCGAUUGAGUUCCCCAGCCCGAUCCGGUGGACCGAGGACGAUAGCACGUCUCCCGUUCCUCAGACAGCUGCACAACAUCGUGAGCCAGGAAUCACUUCUGAGGCGUCUGGAGUCGGCUCCAACCCAAUGCCGCCACCACCUUCUGCUAGGGAUAUCCAUCUCCAGAUGCGGGGUAAGACAGCAGAGACCGCAGGACCGAGAUCUCCCGACUACAUAAAGCGACCCUUGAACCCCUUCAUGUUGCAUAAGAUUGACCGGCUGGGUCCAACUGGGGUCGAUGAUAGUCCUCGUCUCUCGGGAGUGACUCUGCCCAACUUACUUGUAGAGCCCGACGAAGAAGAUGACUGCUGUGCCGUAAUGAUGGACCUCAGCUCCUCGGGGGACGAGGCGGAGCCUAUGCCUCGUACACCAUCAGCUCUCCUCCGGAAGAGUGCAGGGAACUCCUCGAGCGGCGAGACGCUAGACGAAGGAGCACAAGAGGAGGACCGGAUUGAUAUAUUUGCAGACGAUGUCGAUGCAUUCACAGUCUACACCAUGGAAGAGAAGGCCAAGAACGCCACACCUCCUCGGAUGCCAUCUCCACCCAUUUCAGUGGUGUAUAUUUUUGCAGGGAUCACAUCUCCAAGACCCAAGUUUCCCACAAAGCCGUCGGUGAGGAAUUGGGUGCGGAGUCAGAAUUCUGUGCGAAGGAUCUCCACUGACUCUCACCGGCAGGAGAACCACUUAUCGUUCCCCUUAACUCCCACCGUCCCCUCGCACCAUCUUCAGCGGUCCUUCUCAGCUACUCCCCUCCCUCCCUCCUUCCCCCGUCCUCCUCUGUUCCCCCCACAGCACCCCCACCACCACCACCAGCCGCAACCCCUUUUCCCUGCUCAUAUUAUUACUCCCGGUUGCGACGCCAGCUUCCACAGACGCCAGGGGCGCACCUCCUCCUGUUCCUCCUCCUCGCCGGCAACCAUUCAGCCUCUCUUCCUUCCCUCGAAGCCAUGCUGGUCGUUUCUGAGGGGCCACUGCAGCUUUAACCCCUGCAAGUUCAGCCACGCCCCCCUCAGCAGCUAUCCCCUGCCACAACUUGAGAGUAUACUGAUGCGUCUGCCACCAGAUGCAGUUCCAGUGGACGUCAGUGAACACUACGUCACGAGGGCAACUGCCAAGCCUCAGAACUGGUUCCCACAACUCGUCAAACUCGUCAAGGGGCUGACAAACAGGAGCUGGGAUACAGCCAUGCAGGCCUAUUCUACGCUGGUAGGGAACGGCGUCCUACUGAGGCCUCAGGUCCUGUCUCGUCUCCUGGGCCUAAUGAGGGAGCAGACCCAGCCGAUGCUGAGUGCCUUCGUCCCUCUGCCCCAGCUGGCCCGCGGGAUUCUGCAGGAGAUCCGAGACCAGGGGCCCUGUAACUUGGAGGACUAUCACACAGUGCUGCGGAUCCUCAACACUGCUCAGCAACCUGUCCAGCUAAUGGAGGUGUACAUGUCAAUGAGACAGGACGGACUCCAGACGACUCGGGAGAUCCUGCACCUGGUCUUGCGAGGAAGCUCCUCCACUGAUGAACGGCUGCUACAGCUGUUGAACGAUUCAAAGACCUGUCUCUCGGUCGCAAACGACGUUGCAAGGAUUGCUAAUGGUGUGCUGGAGAAGGUGGGUCCGCAGCUGGUGUCGGGGAAUCUCCAGCUGGUCGAGGAGUGGCUGAGUGGUGCCAGUGAAAUACUGGACAUCAUGGGGAAAGAGAGCAUCCUAAACUCUUCAGGAGGAAAAUAUUUACGAAACAAGCAGGGAUGGAAUGCGGUGCUCGCACAGUGUGUCCUGCCUGCCACCCCUCAGAGGACGGCCAAGUUCUGUAGAGUUGUCUCUCACAGCAAAAAGUGUCUCGAUCAAGAGGCUCUGGAUGCAGUGUUGGAGAUGUCGGUGAGCCAGGACCUGUCGUCUGCAGCCACAGAGAUCGUAGCCAAUCAUCUCCAUUUCGUCCCUCCCGUCGUCCCCUCGCAGGACAUCCUCGGGAAGCUCUGCUCACUGCUACACCAGGAGGGACAGCACCAGAACCUGUUCACCAUCGUCGAGAGACUGCUACAGUGCAGAGUGGCGCCUUCGCCACCCAUCCUCCAGUCUUUUCUCGACUCGUGCAGAAAGGAGGGAUCCUACGGCCAACUGGCCGCGGUGGUCAAGAGAGCCCGGGAGUGGGGACUCCGGCUGGAGAAGAUAUUCUACCAGCGGGCGCUCGUCCUGCUGAGACCCUGGGGCCAGGACCAGGCGGCCAUCUCGGACAUCUACAAGGCAAUCAGGGCCAUUGAUACAGGGUGUUCCUCAUUCUCCCCCUUCUCUAAGUCAGUGUCGUCGGGAGCACCAGGUGUCAUGGGAACGUCUCAAGGCCCCAGUGACUUUGGUGGGAGGGGCACACCGGCCAGUCAGGGGUCCAGGUCUUCUGGUGGACCCACUUCAUCCAGUGGCAGGUCGGGCAAGUCCUCCACCAAGUCACUCGAGUACAUCUACGAACAGACCACCGAACCCUCACCUGCAGUUAAACCCGGCAUCAUAGCACUACUGGAGAGUAACGGGAGACAGGGGCAGUUUGGAGCUGCAGUCUCUAUACUGCGAAACCUUUGCGACGCCUCGAGCUCUGCCUACAGCAACACCGUCGUCCAUGCUGUGUGGAGUUCCGUCACCAAUUCCGACCAGAAACCACCUAAUGCCUUCUCCAGCCUCCUGGAGCAUCUGGCUGGACCACCCUCCAGCUCUGGGUCCUCCGGCUCUCUCCCUCCCUGCGACAGCUGGCUGGCAUCGCAGCUCGGAAUCGCUCUCCUGAAGAUGUACGCCGAGACGGAACACUGGCAGAGCGGAUUUGUCAUGCUCCACCACCUCCACCGACACAAGAUCGACUACUUUGCCCAUCGGACGCCGUUUGCUCCCCUCCCUCCGCUGAAACCUCCGCAGCCGUCUCUGCUCGGCCUUGCGAGGAUGGCCAUCAACACUUGCCUCAGAGUCGACAGUCCUGACUUUGCCGUUCAGGUCAUGAAGGGCUGCCGGUGGGCGAGCGAGUGUGGUCCCAGCGAGAGGCAAGCCAGGGAGCAGUUGGUGGUGACAGUGGCCCAGAGGUGUCUGAACUCAGCUCUCUACGAGGACUGUUACAGCUGUCUUCGGGCGCUGGACAGCGUCUCGACUAAGAACAAGCGGUUCACGUCGGUGGCUCAGCUGUACAACCGACUCCUCGCGAGCGCCCUAGGCCGGAGCAAGGCAGACGUCGAUCUCGGUACCCGUGUCUACCGAACCAUGAAUUCCAGCAAUUUCCCGUGCCUCCCGAGCAACCUCAGUCUCCUCACUGCGAAACUCUGCGACCUACUCCAGUUCUCGACUGCACGGGAUCUCUGCGAGCAGGCAAUAGACCAGAACUUUUACGCCCCGAUAACUCACGGCGAGCCGUUCUCAGUGUUUCUUCCUCCGUCCAUCCAUCACGUCGAGGUGUGCUCCCUCCUCAAACGCCAUUUGCAUCGCCUCAGUGGCGAGUUGGAGGGAAAAUUACUACAGCCCCUAACAAUCACUUUUGAAGGGUCACGAAGCCAUGUUGAGGAGGGGCUCAACAAGGGCCUGACUCCACCCCUUGCCCCAGUCUUCACGAGUAGUAGUGACUCCACCACUGUGGCCACUGUCUCUCCUUCUGCCCUCUUCACCUGGCUACACGCCCACUUCCCCAGUAGCCAUUUCCUGCUAGAGAGAGACUUACAGCCGCGGAGAGGGAACCGUGUGACCAGGAAGGUACGCAGGGGAGAGAUUCAAGGGAGUCUAGGAGAGGCUCUGGAAAGAGAGGGACAGAGCACUGGGAGCCAGGGAGGACCGUCUACAGCUACAGCUUCGACGACAGAAGAGAGGGGAGAGCCUGAGCCGCCAGCAAAUAACAAUUUGGACCACGCAGUGCCUAAACAGCCUGCUUUGACUGCUGCACGGUCCAAGCAGCGCUUUAGGGUGGAGCUGUGUCGUUUGGUCGUCGCCGAAGUUAAGCCUUUCUACAAAGCCAAGAGGUUCAACUCAUAUGAAGACUACCUGCAUUUGGUGAAGAGACUCACCACGCACUUGUCCAAGACCACCAGAACCUCGAUAUCGAACGAUUCAGCAAAGUCGACGCUGGAUGACGACACUAGGAGGAUUGUGAAAGAUCUCGUGCAGAGCGUCAUGUCACAGUGCACAGUAUAUAGCCCCGAAUCCAAACUACAGUUAGAGUCCUGA